AUGUCUUAUUCAGUUGAACCUACUCCACAUUCACGAAGUAGUAGUAAUAAUGGUAAUGACUUAAUUAAUAAUUCAAAUUCAAGUAACAACAUAAUAACAACCACCAAAAAUAAUGAUUUUCAAUACGAUGAUAAAUAUAUUCUUCAACACUUAUCAAAUUCAAUCAAAAAUCAUCAACAAAAAUUUGGUAAAAGCUAUAAUAGUCAUCUUUCUCCAAUUUUAUUAUCUGAGAUUUUAGAUAGUGAUAUUCAUGAUGGAAGUAGUUCUGGAAGUGGAAGUAGAAGUGGUAAUGGUUCAUCAUCAUCAGGUAAUCAUGUAACUAGUACUGGAUUUCAAUUAAAUGGACGAGUCUCAAAUCGAUCAGGUAGUGAAUCAAGAACAAAAUUUAAUAAUAAAUUAAAUCUUGGAUAUUGUUCAAGUCAAGAUGAUGAAAUUAAAUUUAAAAUUCAACAAGCUUCACAAUUGAAUCACCAAGCUUUACAAAAUGUUUCUAAUGAAUUAAUACAAAUUAUCCAAGAUGUUGAAAAUGAAAAGUUUCAUAAAAAGCAAAGAAGUAUUGAUUCCAAAUCAAGCAAUGAAAUGGAAUUAAUUGCACAUAGAUUGAAUUCAAAAGGUGUAGCAUUCAAUGUGACUGAUGCCGAAACUGAAGAUGAAAUAGUUAAAGAAUCAAGUAAUGAGCCAAGGGAUGAUGAAGAUGAAAAUGAUGAAGCAUUUGAUGCAACUUCAGCUAAUACUAUAUCACCAGAAGCUUAUAUGAAUGGAUAUAUGAAAUUUAUUAUGGAUUCAUCACAAGUUCCAUUAGUUGAAUGUAAUGAACAACAACAAAAUUACCUUGCACAACAAAGAAAAAUUCCAAUUAGAUCAUCAACCAACAACCAAACGACUUUAUCAAAACAUAAUUCUUUAGUUUCAAUUUCAAAUUCAAUAAUAACUGGUGAUGAAUUGGAAAGAUUACAAUCUCCAAAAGUUGAUUUAACUCAUGAUCAAGUAUUGGAAUUAUUUGAAACAACAUGUAAAGAAAUUGAUGAAUGGAAACAAACAUCUUAUCAUAUUAAUAAUAUUAAAUUAAAUAAUCUUUCAACUUAUCCUCAUCAACAACAAAGAUUAUCUUUGAAUCUGCAAGAUGAUGAUCGUAAUUAUACUUUAAGAUCUAUAUCAAGAUCAACUCAUAAUAAUAGUGAUGAAUCAGUUUUUCAAAUCACUGAAGUUGGACAAAGUAAUAAUAAAUUAGGCCAUGGUUUAUAUAAUGAAGAUAAUGAUGCAUCAAUUGAGACUGAACCAAAACAAAACCCAUCAAAACAAUGGUUUAUUAAAAAAUAUGGUAAUUACUAUCAAAGUAUAGAUGAUGAACCAGAUGUAAAACCAACGUCAAGAAGAUUAUCAUCAUCAUCAUCAGGUAUAGCUAUUGAAUCUACCAAAAGAUCAUCUUCAGUUAGUUCAACAAAUUCACAUUUAUCAUUUCCAUUGCCACCCAAUUUAAAUUCAAAUUCAAGUACCACUUCACCACUGGAAAAAUUAAACAACAACCAAGAAACAUCAGGUACUUCCUCACCAGACAAAGUUAAUAACUCAAUUGAUGCGAAUAUCACAACAACAAAAACUAUGAGUAAAAAACGUAAAGAAAAAUCAAAAAUUGGUACCAAUGUGGUACUUGAUUAUACACGUGAUGAUGAAGUUGAACAAAUAGAUUCUCCAAAAGCAAUAAUGUUCAAAAUUGGAAAUAAAGUUGAUUUCAAAACUUUUGAAAUUGAAAGUAAACCAGAUUUUAGUGCAUCAUUAACUUUAUCUUUACAAUCAUCAAAAAUUCCAAAUAAACUUCAUUGUAUACAAUUAAAUGAAAAAUUAAUUAAACCAUUAUUUGAUGUUCAAACUUGUAAAGUUCAACGUACCUUAUAUUUACGUGAUGAUUUUGAUAUAGUUUUUCAUAAUUAUCAACAACAAGAAAUAGAAUCUGGUAAAUUAGGUAAAGAUGAUAUAAAAUAUGAAGUAGCACAUAACAUUAAUUUCAAAAAAUCAUCUUAUGAAUCUCAAUAUAUUUUGACUAAAAUUGAUAAUGCAACAGGAAAAUCAGAUAGUACAACAAGAGCAGGAUUAUGUCCUUAUUGUGAAACUAUUGAAUUUUUUGGUUUAAAAAAUUCAUCAUAUGGUAAUCAUUUAGCUUAUAAACAUGGGAUUUUAACAAAUGGUAGAUCAGUUCCUGACCCAAAAUUUUAUGGAUUGUAUAAAUUUAAAAAGGGAGAAUAUGAUGAACCAGAAAAGAAAAAACGUAAAACUAAUGCCCAUAUUUUGGAAAGAAAUGGAGUUUUAUGUACUUGUUGUUGGCAAAUUUUAGAAGUUAAUUGUACUUCAAGAUCAUCUAUUUUGGGACAUUAUUUAAGACAUUAUAGGGAUUCUCAUGUUGGAUAUAAAAAGGAAAAUAAAUAUGAAAAAAAUUAUAUUGAUGUUGAUGAAAUUAAAAGUGGUGGAUCAAAUGGACCUGCUAUUGAAGAUAAAGUUUUGGCUGAUGUUGUUGAUGCUAUUGAUGAUUGUCAACUUGAUAAUGCUGGUGGGUGUGGUUAUCCUAUUGAUGAUCCGGACAUUUUGAAAUUUCUUAAUAAUUGGAGACAAUAA